CGUUAUCGAAAACAGCUGUUUUCUUAUUUUACAUAUUGUCUUGCAUUUUGAAAUAAUGUCGGAACACCUCGUUAAAGUAUUACAUCGCACCCAACUGAGCCACAGCCAAACGGAUGCGAAGCACUUCAUCUACAUAUACAGCAAGUGGCUGGAGGAUGUAACAGAGCUGCAACUGUUGCUCACAACAAGCAACACCAGCUACCGAGCCACACUGAAGCAUGAAGAAAUGAAAGGCGCCGCUGACGAAUUGGAGCAAAGUUACGUCGAGUUCCUGGCGGAGUGUAAAGAGGCGCUCACCACGCAAAUGGGUGUACCUGGCUUUGACUAUGAACUGGAUGAACAGCAAGCGCGCUUUAGGCUUGUCAAAUGCACCGGCUUUGAGACACUUUACGUGGACGUGCCGCUGCGCAAAGCGUCCAACUGCUACCAUUUGCUGGAUGCAGCCAUUGAAAUUGCCCAACGUCAGCCAACAGUCGAUGCCGGGCAAGUCGGUGCUGGUGCUAGCCAAUCCAAUGAAUUACUCAUAGAAUACGAGCAGUAUAUUAAGGACUCCAAGCUGGCGGAGAAAAAAUUGCUCAAGAAAUUUGUGAUGCUCAUCAAUAGCAAAAAGCAGCGUAUCGAAGAGCUGGAGCGAAGACUGGAGGAGCGAACUCAAAAUGCUGGACAAGAUACAGACACCGACAUAGAGGAACAGCCGGCAGUGGUCAAUCAGGAAGGAGACCAGGACGAUGACAACGACUCUGAUGUCUAUGCUGGCGCCACACAAGUCCUGACGCAAAAAACCCGAAUGCGGGAGUGAUAUUCAAAUAAAAUGCCAUCCACAGAGCAAAGCGACGUUUCCAUUUAUAUAUUUAAUCUUCAACAUAAAACAAAUUCCAUCGAAAUGCUCUUAAAAAAAUACGAAACUAAA